AUGGCGAACAACGGGGGCAAGGGCGGCUCCUCUCCGCAGCCCCCAUGCCCCGCGGCAGAGGGGUCUGGGAAGGCUGGCUUCUGCCCAGCCCGUGCCGGGCUGUUCCCCAGUUACGACUGCAGAGCCUGGUGCUGGCACGACGCCGAGUGCCCUGGCGAGGAGAAGUGCUGCCUGCACGGCUGCGACUAUGCCUGCAUGCCCCCGUCCCGAGAGAAACCAGGCAUCUGCCCCCUGGCCGAGGAGGCACCGACCGCCACGGCCCCAUGCGGCACUGCCUGCACUGGGGACUGGCAGUGCCCGGGGGCCGAGAAGUGCUGCAGCAGCAGAUGUGGCCACGUGUGCUCGGCCCCCGAACGAGACAAACCCGGCGAGUGCCCGAAGGUGAAGCCGCGGCAGACGCUGGAGCCAUGCGCGGAGAAGGACUCCUGUGCCUACGACAGGGACUGUCCCCGGCAGGAGAAGUGCUGCUUCUCCGGCUGCGCCAUGCGCUGCACCCGCCCUGCCCGAGAGCACCCCGGGGAGUGCCCCCGGGCAGAGCCGUGCUGGGACCCCCGGCGCAGGCGCGGGAGCCAGUGCCUGGAUGACAGCGUCUGCCGGCGAGACGAGAAGUGCUGCGACACCGGCUGCGGCUGGGAGUGCCUGGCUGUGCCCAGAGAGAGCCAGGACAGGGCCGGCGGCCAGUGCAUGGAGGAGUGCGAGGCCGACUCGCAGUGUCCCCAGGGACAGAGGUGCACCAGCACCGGCUGCGGCCACGUCUGCAUGGACAUCCCUGGAGAGCGCGAUGCCGCGGUUGUGCCGCAGCACGGUGCCGAGCAGUGCAGAGAGGAGUGUGAGGCCGACUCGCAGUGUCCUUGGGGACAGAGGUGCACCCACACUGGCUGUGGCCGCAUCUGCAUGGACAGCCCCAGAGGCAGAGAGGCAGCGUGCCCCAUCCCCAGGGGCCGUGGGACGUGCCUGGACCUGUGCAGCCUCGACGAGGAGUGUCCCUGGGGCCACAAGUGCUGCAGCAACGGCUGCGGCCACGUCUGCACACGGGUGCCUGGUGCUCCCGGCCAGGUCACAUCGGCAGCUUGA